GCAUUUUUUCUUUCGCAAGUUCGGCCCAGUUUCGACGGAGUUGUUUACGUAAAACCAUCGGAGAUAUUUUUAUUCUUGCUGGUGAUCCAUUUUUGUUAAAAUUUUGCAGUGACUACAUAGAAAAAAAGAAGUCAGGACCACGGAGCCAUGUCCUUUACGCUAAACUCGCUCUCCGGCAACGCAAUUGCCACAAUGCAUCCCAUAAUGGGCAGUAUUGCCGGAGGGAGUGGAUUUAUUGCCCAGCCAAUUGCCACGACCAGUGCUUCCUUGUUGAACAGCAGCCAACUGGAAUAUGCCCGCAAGCAAAGCCAAACGCAAUCCGGAGUGGCUCCGAUGGAUUUGGAGUCGGCUUCGGAGAGGGACUCCAUUAAGGAAGCAAGUAGCGGGGAGAAGAAGGAAACGCUCGGCCAGAAAAGUGGCCAACUUGGAGUGGAUGCCGGAGGGCAGAUUCUGUUCAAUGGACUGAUUCCUCAACCGCAGGGGUUUAUGAUGAUGGCCCCGGGGAUGAUGAACAUGAUGGACGGUUCUUCCUUGAUCGGAAUGCAGACGUUUCCCGUUAUGGCUGCCCAGCAGAUCAAUACUGGAGUGGACCUGGCUCAACAGACUUUGGGGAUCGUUAGGCCAGAGGAUGGCAGCAAGGAAAUCAUCUACUGCAAAUCGUGCACUUUGUUUCCGCCCAAUCCCAAUUUACCGGCACCGAAAACGAUUGAUCGCCCUCCCGGAUGUAGGACAGUUUUCGUGGGAGGCCUUCCGAAUUCCAUUACGGAAGAGAUAAUCCGAGAGAUUUUCGAACGGUGUGGCGAAAUCACAACCCUUCGUUUCUCGAAAAAGAAUUUUUGUCACAUUCGUUUCGUUUACGAGGCUUCGGUGGAUUCAGCGAUUUACCUGUCCGGGUAUCGCGUUAAGCUGAGUACCGGAGGAUUUAACUUUACUUCUCCGGAACAGAAGGAUCCGUCCAGCUUUGGGCAACUGCACGUAGACUAUGCCCAUGCUCGGGAUGACCAGUACGAUUACGAGUGUCGCCAAAGGAAGCUCCAAAGGGAACGUCGUCACCGGGAACGGAUCGAAGACGACCGGCUGAGGCCCCUAUCCCCGCAGCCAAUUGUCCAUUACACCGAUCACGAGGCCACUUCCGUGGCGGAAAAGCUGAAAACCGACGAAACGUUCAUCAAAGCCGUUCAAACGCUCAUCACGUGGCUCGAGCGAGGCGAUUGCAACAAAAAGAAUGCCAACAAUUUCUACACCAUGAUCCAGAGCACUAAUUCGCACGUUCGGCGCCUCCUAAACGAGAAAGGGAUAACCGAUGAGGAGCUGUGCCGCGCCAAAGAACACUACCGGAAGCAGAUGCAGUGCAUGCUGACGCAAUUCAAUCAGAUUGAAAAAGUGUUCAAUGCGGCCAGUCACAAGAAGGUUUGGGAUCAUUUUUCUAAAGCCCAGAGAAAGAACAUCGAUGCCUGGAAGAAGCAAUCGCUGGAAAUCAAAAGUGUCCAACUGGACGACUUUGGUGACGAUGAGAUGGAUCUAUCUGAGGAUGAAGGAUCGGCACCGAAAAAAUCCCGCUGGGAUGUCCGGAAGGAACGUCAGGACAGUUCAUCGGACGUGGACGCUCACUCGGUACGAUCAGAUCUUGAAAUGAAAACGAUGCAAAUUCAAGUUUUGCAGGAGACCAUCCGUAACCUCCAAACUCAGCUGCUGGAAAACAAAUCCAAAGAGACGGAACGUCACAACAAGAUUCAAGAGCUGGAAGACAAACUGAAAGAAGCAAACGUAAAACAGCUUCUGCUGAAAACGAAAAUAGCUACCACCCAAUCGAAGCUGUCCCUCUGCACCACCAACACCUCCUCUUCCAAGGGUGGUUCAGAGCUGGACGAAAGCGAAUUGUCCGAAUCGGAACACAAACCCGCGGCAGCAACUCCGACGCCGGUCGUCGAAGUGACACCUGCACCGGAGCCACCGAAGACUCCUCCCCCACCCGCGGUAAUUGAUCCGAAAGAAGCCAAGGUGAUCACGCUGGUAUCCGCCUUUCUAGUCGUCCAUCCCCACGGUGCCAGCAUCGAUUACAUUUGGUCCUAUGUCAGCCGUUAUGUCCCGGAGCUAAAGUCGAAACAGGUGGAGGAAGUGCUACAACGAUAUUCAGAUCUGUUCCGUGAGGAGAUGAGUGGCGUUGGAGCCAAAAUCGUACGAAAUUGGAAGUUUUGCGGAUUCGAAUGCAAAGAAGAGGAAGAAGAGGAAAAAUCAUAGAUAUCCAUUGAAUAUUUAUGUCUCAACUCACUACAAAUCUAGUAUUUAUUGGUCUUUCGUAAUUAUCUCAAACAUUUUAAAAUGUUGUUUUAUACGAAGUAAACUUUAAUAAAUUCGUUUAAUUAUUGUA